CAGAGGCGGGCGGGCCCGGGGUGGGCCUUGCGGCGCAGCCGGGCGGGGUUAAAGGGCUUGGCCGCCAGACGGCGCGGGCAGAGCCGAGGUUUGGGCGCGGGCGGAUAAGGAUCGAGGGCUGGAGGUCGGAGCCCGCUGGUUUCACCUCAAUUUAAGAAAGAAGAAGAGGGAAGUAAAACAGUGGGAGGGAGGCAGCUAAUACAGAAAGUUUCUACUGUGGGCGGCUGGAGUUUAGUCCCUCAGGGGAACCCAGACCUCAGGAUCACCGCACCAGAGGGGAGAAGGAUGCUGCCCGUCGCGGAACACCUGCUGCUCCUCCUGGGACUGGAGAAGACCUCGUUCCGUCUGUACGCCGUGUCUGCGCUUCUGCUCUCCCUGCUCUUCUUCGUCUUCCGCCUGCUGCUGAAGUUCUUGAGCCUCUGCUGGCACUUCUACAACACCUGCCGCCGGCUGAGCUGCUUCCCCCAGCCGCGCCGGCGCAACUGGCUGCUGGGCCACCUGGGCAUGUAUCUCCCAAAUGAGACAGGCCUCCAAGAUGAGAAGAAGGUGCUGGACAACAUGCAUCAUGUGAUCCUGGUGUGGAUGGGACCUAUCCUGCCACUGUUGGUUCUUGUGCAUCCUGACUACAUCAAGCCUGUGGUGAGCGCCUCAGCUGCCAUUGCCCCUAAGGACGACCUUUUCUAUGGCUUCCUGAAACCUUGGCUAGGAGAUGGGCUGCUUCUCAGCAAAGGUCACAAGUGGAGCCGGCACCGCCGCCUACUGACCCCUGCCUUCCACUUUGACAUCCUGAAGCCCUACAUGAAGAUCUUCAACCAGUGUACUGACAUCAUGCAUGCUAAGUGGCGGCGCCUGGCAGAGGGCUCAGUGGUCUCCCUUGACAUGUUUGAGCAUGUCAGCCUUAUGACCCUGGACGGUCUUCAGAAAUGUGUCUUCAGCUGCAACAGCAACUGCCAGGAGAAGAUGAGCGAUUACAUCUCGGCCAUCAUUGAGCUGAGCGCGCUGGUGGUUCGGCGCCAGUAUCACCUGCACCACCAUCUCGACUUCAUCUACUACCGCUCGGUGGAUGGGCGGCGUUUCCGGCAGGCCUGUGACACUGUGCACCGCUUCACCACAGAGGUCAUCCAGGAGCGGCGGCGGGCACUCCGCCAGCUGGGCGCUGAGGCCUGGCUUAAGGCCAAGCAAGGCAAGACCUUGGAUUUCAUCGAUGUGCUGCUCUUGGCCAAGGAUGAAGAUGGGAAGGAACUGUCAGAUGAGGACAUCCGAGCUGAGGCGGACACCUUUAUGUUUGAGGGUCACGACACAACAUCCAGUGGGCUCUCGUGGGUGUUGUUCAACUUGGCCAAGUAUCCAGAGUACCAGGAGAAGUGCCGGGAGGAAAUCCAGGAAGUCAUGAAAGGCCGGGAGCUGGAGGAGCUGGAGUGGGACGAUCUGACCCAGCUGCCCUUCACCACCAUGUGCAUUAAGGAGAGUCUACGCCAGUUCCCACCUGUGACCCUGGUCUCCCGCCGCUGCACAGAAGACAUCAAGCUCCCAGAUGGGCGCAUCAUCCCCAAAGGAAUCAUCUGCUUGGUCAGCAUCUAUGGAACCCACCACAACCCCACAGUGUGGCCUGACUCCAAGGUGUACAACCCCUAUCGCUUUGACCCGGACAACCCUCAGCAGCGCUCCCCGCUAGCCUUCGUGCCUUUCUCCGCGGGACCCAGGAACUGCAUAGGACAGAGCUUCGCCAUGGCUGAGAUGCGCGUGGCCGUGGCGCUGACUCUGCUGCGCUUUCGCCUGAGCGUAGACCGGACGCGCAAGGUGCGACGGAAGCCGGAACUCAUCCUGCGGACGGAGAACGGCAUCUGGCUCAACGUGGAGCCGCUGCCUCCUCGGGCCUGAGCCCAGGGGAGCGAUCGAGGCCCUCCGCAGACCGAGGCCCAAGUCCCGCCCAGAGAGGCAAGGCCCCGCCCCCGGCGGGCCAGGCCCCACCCCCAAGAUCCCCAGGGCAUAGACCACGCCCCUCAAAGUCCAGGCUCCACCGUGAGCGGCCCUACGGUGCAGGCCACACCCGCCAAGGGAAGGCCCCGCCUCCUGAGGGUCAGAUCCCGUCCACUGAGCGCAGUUCCUGCUCUCUCAUUUGAGGGACUAGGGUUGGUCACACCCUCAGGGCCUCGGCCCCGCCCCCGUGACAUCGCGGAUUCAGGCCUUCAGGCUCCGCCCCCUGAGCCUUCCCCUGCGGGAUCUGAGACUUGAUAACUUAAGGUAUCUGGGAUUCUAGCCCGUGCCCCUACGAAUACAUUUCUAAAUUGACGAUUUGGGAGUUGGAACCCUCGGGUAGAGCCUUGAUCUGGGACAUCAUCUUCCUGAGGCCUCCAGCUUAUAUGGGCCAACUCCUCAGGCACAGGCUGCAUCCCAGGGCCUGGGCUGCUCACUUUGGUUGUUUUGGGAGCUCAGACCCUCCCUCCCAAGCCCCUUUCUUCCUCCCUUUGCUGAAUGUUCUGAUUUUUGUAGAGUAAAAGCAAGGGAUGUAGACUCUCCCACCGUUCACUCCCAAGCCUUCCUAGCCUGACACGCCCCCUGGGACCCAGCAGGGAAAAGAGGGGCCCUCCCUGGUCGGAAGGGAAGCUGUGGGCCAGGAGGCUGGGAAGCCAUUUGUCCUCAGACAUAAACUCUUUUUGGGACAGUUUGUGUAUGCAUUUAUUUUGUCAACAGAUCACGGUUCAGGCCUAUACUGAGGGCAAUAGAGAGCUAUAGAGGGUGUGUGAGCAGGGGCAGGACAGGACAUGGUCGGAUCUGGGUUGGCAGGGAGGUGGCUUGGGAGUGUGCGUGGGUGGUGGGGCUUUGGGCGUGGAAGUCAGGGAAGAGGGAGCCUGAGGUCCAGAUGGGAUGGGAGGGUUGAUAGCUGUGGGGGUAAAGGCGAGGGAAGAGGUAAGGGUAAUUCCCAGGUCUUUGGCUGGGGGAACAGCUGAUGGGGUGGUUCUUGAGAUGGUGGUAUAUAGAAAGUGGGUCAAUGCCAGGUUCUAUGACAAUGAUAGUAACUUUUCCAGUAUUUAUUGAGCAUCUGCUGUGAGCCAGGCAGUAUUUGAGCCCUUGUAUACUUGACCUUGUAGAGAGGGCAACAGUUGACACAUGAUUAAUAAGCACAUAAAUAUAUAAAUUCACACAGGGCCUUGGAGAUGACUGACUUUUAUUGUGAUGGGAACAGGGAGUCAUUGGGGUAUUCAAUAAUGCUGGUGGGGAGAGAGGUUGCAAGAUGGUCGGUGAAGUGUUGCUGAGAAGGGGCCAUUUCAACAAAGGUUUUAGGUGGGAGCAAUGGGGAGCCAUGUGGAUAUUUAGGGGAGGAGUUCAAGGCAGACAGAAAAGCCAAUGCAAAGGUCCUGAGGUAGGAACAAGCUUGGGAUGUCGGGGAACAUUGAAACCAGUGUGGCUGGAAGGGGAAGUGUGGAAGGAGACGAGGGUGGGAGGCGAUGGAAGAAGAUCACACAGACCUGGAGUCCUUUGACUUUUUUUUUGAGAAGGAGGGAGACACGGAGGGUUCUGAGCAGAGGAGGGACAAGAUUUGCCAUACAGUCAUUGGCUGCUGUGUUGCAUAGAGACUGGGAAGCGUGGAUGGGACUAGGGAGAGCAGAUGGGAAUGUCCAAAUUCGCCCAGGUAAGAGGUGACAGUGGCUUCGGCCUAGCUGUGGGCUGUAGAGGUGAAGAGGGGCAGCUGCAUUCUGAUGAGGAACGAUUACUCUAUCAAGGUAUCACGGGUUAGGUUUGCUGAUGGACUGAAUGUGGGGCUCGGGAGAAAGAGAGGGCCCCAGGUUUGAUUCUGAGCGCCUGGGAAGAUGGAAAUGUCAUCAACAGAA